AGAGAGGGCGAGCGAGAGAGAGAGAGAGAGAGAGAGAAAGAGAGAGAGAGAGAGAGUAGUUUCUCUGACAUUAUAGAGACUCCUACCACGCACCGUAGGUUACUUUUUUCCUCCCGGCGACGUCCUCAGCUAAAUUGCGCUCCUGGAUUUUAAGUGCGUCUCGCCACCAAGCAGCGGCUCCAGCCUUCCCGUCAGUCGGCCGGACCCAGCGACCGGCGGAGCGUCUGUUGUGUCUUUCACUUCAGCCCGGCGAGAUUUCACGCGAAUUAAAGUACGGAUGCUGGAACCUUUGAGUUGAUUGGAACAAAUAGAAAGCAGAGGAACCGACAGCCAACGGAAAGAGGAGAAGAGUGAAGAGAGAGAAGACGAGAUAGAAGAAGAAAGAGAAGGGAGAGGAAGAAAAGCAUAAAGUUCUUUAGAAAGAGGAGAAAAAGAAAGAGACGGGGACGAUGGGGAGGAAAAAGAUUCAGAUCACGCGGAUUAUGGAUGAACGCAACAGACAGGUGACAUUUACAAAGCGAAAGUUCGGCCUGAUGAAGAAGGCGUACGAGCUGAGCGUGCUGUGCGACUGCGAGAUCGCCCUGAUCAUCUUCAACAGCACCAACAAGCUGUUCCAGUACGCCAGCACAGACAUGGACAAGGUCCUGCUGAAAUACACCGAGUACAACGAGCCCCACGAGAGCAGGACCAACUCGGACAUCGUCGAGACAUUGAGAAAGAAGGGCCUAAACGGCUGUGACAGCCCAGAUCCCGACGCCGACGACUCAGUCGGCCACAGCCCCGAGUCAGAGGACAAGUACAGGAAAAUAAACGAGGACAUUGAUCUGAUGAUCAGCAGACAGAGACUGUGUGCAUUGAGCAAGAAGGAGAACAAAGGCGGCGAGAGCCCGGAGCUCGAGUCUGCUCUUAUCCUCACCCCACGCACUGAGGAGAAAUACAAACAGAUUAACGAGGAGUUUGAUCACAUGAUUAAAAGUCAUAAGAUACCUCAGGCUGUGCCCCCGUCAAACUACGACAUGCCCGUGUCCAUUCCCGUUAGCAACCAGAACAAUCUCAUUUACAGCCACCCCGGCGGCUCCAUAGGCAACCACAACCUGUUGCCGUUGGCGCAUCAUGGCCUACAGAGAAACAGCAUGUCCCCCGGAGUCACACACAGACCCCCCAGUGCAGGUAACACAGGUGGCCUCAUGGGCGCUGACCUCACCACUGGCGCAGGCACCAGUGCGGGAAACGGAUACGGAAACCACCGCAACUCGCCCAGUCUGCUGGUCUCCCCGGGGGGCAUGAACAAGAACAUGCAGGCGAAGUCCCCCCCGCCGAUUAACCUGGGCAUGAACAACCGCAAGCCCGACCUGCGCGUGCUGAUCCCACCUGGCGCCAAGAACAACAUGCCCUCCAUCAACCAGAGAAUAAACAACUCCCAGUCUGCCCAGUCACUGGCUACCCCGGUGGUAUCAGUAGCAACUCCCACUCUACCAGGACAAGGCAUGGGUGGUUAUCCGUCUGCCAUCUCUACUUCUUACGGUACUGAGUAUUCCCUGAACAGCGCGGACCUGUCCUCCCUGUCUGGCUUCAACAGCGGCAGCUCCCUUCACCUGGGCUCCAUGAGCGGGUGGCAACAGCAGCACCUUCAGAACAUGCAGCACUCGGCGCUCGGUCAGCUCGGAAAUUGCUCUAGCUCUCACUUAUGUCAGGGUUCAAAUCUCUCCCUGCCCUCUGCUCAAAGCCUGCACAUCAAGUCCGAACCUGUUUCUCCUCCUAGAGAUCGCACCAGCAGCACGCCGGGGGGCUACGGCAGCGGCGUCCCCCCUCCCCAGAACCCCUCGUCCCGCCAGGACUCGGGACGCUCCCCCGUCGAUAGCCUGAGCAGUUGUAGCAGCUCCCACGAGGGCAGCGACCGCGACGAGCACAGGAACGAGUUCCACUCGCCUCUGGGACUGGUGCGGCCCGCGCUGGACGAGCGCGAGAGCCCCUCCAUCAAGCGGGUGCGUCUGUCCGAAGGAUGGGCCACAUGAUGGCCCUGUGCCCCCCCGCCCCCCACCCAGCAGUGACCCGAGAUGCCCUGAGAUCCCACCCACGCAGCGUUACGAUAGACCCCCCCCCCCUUCCUCCGCCUCUCACCCGAUACCAUGAGUCACUCACCGCCCGACUCCAUCGCCGCUCUCCUUUUAUCACUUCAACGCUGAAGGAGCGAAAAGGGACGACCCUUUUCCAAACCCUCUUUGUAAUUUUUGAUUUUCUUUUGUUUCCUUUUGCUGAGUGUGUGUGUGUGCGUGUGUGUGUGCUAAACAUAUUGACAUUAUAUAAACCAGUGGGGUGUUGUGAUGGGGCUUUGGGAGGGUGCGUGUUUUGGGGAUGGGAUCAGGGGGUGUUUUUCUUGGGGAACUAUGCAUAAAUUGUAUUGUGUGUGCAUAAAAAGAAAUCACAUAUGCAUAUAUCUUUACACGUGCUUGUAUGUGUACAUAUAUGCAUAUCAACAAAUAAACAAAAAAAAUUGUCAGGUACUCUGUUUCAUAAAACGUACUUACAAUUUGCCUCAGCGAUAUAUCAGUGACUAGAGACAAACAAAAAAAACAAGAAAAAAAAACAUUAUCAUGAGAGUGAGUGUGUACAGUGGCAAACACCUUAGCACUUGAGUUGGACAGACAAUACAUGUGUACAGUGUCAGUUUCAUUUCUAUAUACCUUCUCUGCAGUUCUCCCUUGCAAAAAUGUGUGUUAACAUUAGAUGAUGUCAUGUUGCAGGUUCAACGUAUUUAUGUAAAUAGAGGGGUCAAGGGUCGAAGGGCAGGGGUCGAAAGUUGCCAGACAUUACAAGAUUUAUUUAGUCAUUAAAUGAAAAGCUAUUAUGCAACAUUUGGAGGAUUGUACAGGUAAACUGGCAAAUCCAAUUGUAGACGUGUGGAACCUUUUGAGGACGUGAGCGCUCCCCGUGGCGAACGGCGCCGAGCGAGGACCACCCUUUGAUCUGAGAGCUAUGUUAGUGUAAUCAAGAAAACUCUGGAUCUAGUAUUAACUACUCAGUAUUAAUAAAAGUAAAAAAGGAAAAAUAAAAAAAAAAACAAUUGUACGAUACACUUGCUUAUAUUUUCAUAUGAAAGGAAUCCAAUGCAAAGCAUUUUUGUGGCUUUUUGUAGUUUCUAUAAGCCAGAAUGUGUUUUUUGAUAGCUUUGCUAAUAAGAGAUGGAUAGUUCGCCCAGAGGGGAAAUGUCAGGGCUUCAAAGCCGUAAGCCAUGAAAACAAACUGAGAUCCAAUGCUUUGCUGAACUGUUUUAUCUUUGUAGAGGUUUGUUUUUAAACGUGUAUUUCUAAUUAUAUAUAAUAAUGGUAAUAUUAAGAAUCUUUAAAAAAAAAUCUGUGAAAUUAACAUGCUUGUGUAUAGCUUUCUAAUAUAUAAAUAUAUAUAAUAAUGAUUUUUGUUGGUUUCAUAGUGGAGUUUCUAUGUGCAGUUGCACAUGUUGUCUGGUUUGUUUCAUUUGAGCCCUGAAUGAUGCUGUUCAGGGGUGUAUUUAGUCUAACCUUAAAAACCAGCUGGGAAGCAUUGCCAGGCUUUGUGUGACGGGAAGGACGGGCCUUAAUGUCUGUUGGUGGAAAAUGUCACGAGACUGGAACUGGGGAUGUUAAUACAUGACAUACACGACUGUCGCACUGAUGAGGAAAAAUGACUGACCCCCAGUCCUUCAUGUCACCCUUACCCCUAAUGCUCUCAUCUCUUGCGUUUAAUCUCAUAAGACAUGUUUUGUCGUGCUUUUUCUUUUUUUUUACUCCUCAAAUCCUCACCACAGUCUCGCUCCGCCCUGGCCCAGUCGCCACAAUCUCUCUUUUUAUCUAACCUGAUUGUGAAGCCCCUUGUGAUUAAUUAUCCCCCACCGUUUGCAAGUCUAAUCCGAUUGCGCGUCGUCCUGUGACUCCUCAUGUUCCACUCUCCAGAACAGGGUUCCACGUCAUCCACCGCGCGUCACCAACUGUUCAGCAUCAGAUACUCGAGGAUAAACUGAUCACGCUGGUAUAUGGGAGAAGCACAAGUGUUUAUUUUAGAUAAAUAGCUGUUCUGAUUUCCUCUUUUUUAAACAACAGAAUUAGCCACAUAUCUCUCUGCCUCCCACUCCCGUAUCUGCUGUCAUUUAAGUGUUGAUAUUUCUAUGUGCAUAUUUCAUGCAGGUUCACAUUGUUGUUACUGUAUACAGUCUGUGUAGUCGAACAGGGGCAGAGCCUCUUUAAUGGUGUUCUUCUCUCUUUCUCUCUCUUUUUUUAUAAUUCAAUACAAAAAGGCUGAGAAAAAAAAUAAACAUGAUGUUUCAGGCAGUAUAAAUGUGGAGAAACCAAAGCCAGUGGCAUUUCUAUGUUGUAAAGUCAACUUUUAUUUUCACAUUCAUUUAUGGUUUUUGCAAGCAUUGAAACAAUACAAUAAAAGAAUUUGCUCAAAUGUACAAUUGGUUUCACAUUUCAAUCAAAUGUAGCGUUACCUCAAGUUGCACUGUCAGCGCCAGCUGCAGGUCAUUCUGUGGCGAGAGGUCACAGGCCAGAACGUGUUUUUCAGGAUCAACACAACCGUUCAGGUCUGAUCAUGUGAUCAAUGCCCCUUACUAUACAAAUGGUCUACUCAGUUAUUAUUUGUUCUGAUGGGUGAUUAAACUGCUGUAGUUCGGACAAUAAUUUGAACCAAAGACAUGGAUAAAAACAAUUGUCUUUUUUUCUUUGUUUUAUUUCAUUUUGUUUUGUUUUUUCUGUAAAUCUGCAGCCAUUAUUUUUCAUCUUCUGUUGAUUAGUUGUUGAUCUCUGUCAUUAUUAUAAUAGACUAAGUGUUGGUACCUCAAAUCUGACCCAAGCAGUACCUCAGCUGAUGUUUUCAUAAGUCACUUUUGGUGCAAAGGGGAGACCAUACACCUGUACAGCCAUGUGAAGUAACAUGCCAUUGCUUACAGUCCCAGCGUUCCCAUGGGAUUCUCUGUUGCUCCACCGUCUUUGUGGUUUAUUUAAGUUGUAUUCAAAAGCUUAAAAGGAAUAAAAAAAGACUAUUAUGUUAAAAUGCUUCAAAAGUCAGUCUGUAGUAUCAAUGUAGCUUGUAUAAACCUGGAAAAGGUGGAGGUUUGAAACUAAUGUUUUCUGGAGCGCGCGAGCGGCUUUCAGCGGCAUAAGCUGGCCUUUGUCGCCACUUGAGACUAAGAUGGUAUUAAAUUAAAUUCACAUCUGUGUAACUCAAGGGACUUGAUUCAGCUGUAUGUAGUGAAAACGUAUGGGGAUGAAAUGAAAGUGUCCUCUGUUGGAGGGAAAGGCUAUUUGUAUUUUGCAGAGAUUUCAGUAAAGUUACUGGCUUUCUUAGUUA